AACCCCUGGGAAUGGAGCUCGGCGGUAGGCAACGUUGACGAGUGAUUUGAAUAACGUAUGGGAAAUUAGUAGAAGUGGCACUAAAGUCAGUAGCUGGCGGGCACAGCAUUUUCUUAGGCGGGCUCAGAAAGCUUCUCGAGGUGGUAAUCAACAGUUGGUUGUCUGUUUUCGCGAUUGUUGCAAUCUCUCUAAUUGACAAGACCGCAUCUACCGAUUUAGAGUUUGCAGUAUUUUCGCAGAACGUGUCUAUUUCGAAACAGUGCCCGCGACACCGCGUUUACGCUUAUACUGCAAAAAUUAGCGAGUGUUAAUUUGCUUUGACGCGCGAUAUUUGAUUGGCAUUGAUAAAAAUGCAGUCGGCGUAUGCAAUUUUGAUAUUCUCCGCGUGUUUGUUUGGAGUGUUUGAAGGAUGUUUUGGAGCUUUACCUUCUUCGAUAAAGACAUGUCCUAGAAAUCAUCCUGAUCCGAACAGAUGCAUUUUGGAUGCAGUGAACAUUGUGCGUCCCCUACUUGCGAAAGGUGACUUAGGAGAUGGAUAUCACACACCACCAUUGGAGCCUUUGUAUUUGGAUAAUAUCGAAAUGGGACGUGGUAACGAAUUUCGAGCAGUAUUCAGUGAUAUUCAAGCAAGAGGUGGAAGUAACUUCAUUAUAGAGAAAUUGAAAGCAAACAUAACGAACCUUUCAUUCGAUGUCUAUAUCUUACUACCAAAAAUCGAAUUUGUUGGCAAAUAUUCCUUAAAAAUUCGCUUACUUUUACUUAAUAUAAAUGGAAAAGGAGAUAUGCGUGGAACUUUCAAAAAUGCUCGUGCGUAUGUUAAGAUGCGUGGCAUCAAAGUGCAUAAGGAUGGCAAUGAUUACGUUAAAUUCAAGGAGCUGCCAUUGAGAAUCAAAGUGGAAGAUGCGCAAAUUCACUUGGACAAUCUUUUCGGUGGAGACCCAGUUUUAGGUCAAGUUGGAAACAACAUUAUCAAUGACAAUCAUAAGUUGUUCCUGGCUGAAGUGCUACCUGGUUUGGAAAAGGGUCUUUCGAAGAGUUUCGUUGAAAUUUCUGAUAAUAUUCUGCAGACGGCAACAUUCGAUGAAAUGUUUCCGUUGGAAUGAUUCGAUUUUAAGAUAUAUUUAUUUUUUUGUAAAAUUAUUUUCUGGAACUAAUUUAGAUAUUGUAGGUUUAAUAUUGAGAGGUACCGAGGUACCAAAAUUUGUUAUACCUUAAUUACACCAAAUGGUUUGUUUUGUUUGUUUAGUCUUGUUAGAGAUUAAACGGAACGUUUAUAAAUUAUUCUAAUAAAUAGAUUACUAAAUUAA